AUGGCAAGUAAUCGCAAAUCUACAACGGUCCCUCAACUCGAAGCUCUUCUAGAGUUUAUGGAAGAACAUCGUGACCUUGCCCUAGGACUGAUGAGGUCUAAGGAGGCUCGAGUCUUGGCGGCUCGAUUGUGGCGUGAAUGCGCCGAAUUGCUCAAUCCUUUAGGACCAGCUAGAACAGGCAAAGAAUGGGCGAAGGGUGGUGAUGGUUGGAAUGUAGCAGUGGAGGCAGUUGAGAUCCAUAAUUUUGAUGAAGCACAUAGUUCAUCUUCAUUUGAUUUCAACUUUCCACAAGAGUUAAUAGGUGAUGAUAGUAUUGUAGUAAUACAAUCAGACAACUCACCAUCUCCACCACAACAACCUUAUCAGCAACCUAUUGAAGAUAUAGACUCUCCCUCUGAAGCAACAGAAAGAGUAAUUAGGCCACUGCAAAGACAUAGGCCAAAAUGUACAACAUUAACCUCAACAGUGGCAGCACCAUCAAGGCAAGCACAGUCUUCUCAAGUCCAUAGUAGCGAAACUGCUUUAUUGGAGUCAACAGCCAUGGUGCUAAGAUGUGAAGAGUUGAGGGCUCAGACGGAACUGAAUAACUCUGAAUCAUUUAGGACAUUAGCAGAGUCUUUCAAAUUAAUAGCAGAGAGCAUUGAUCGGUUUAGUCGCCUGUAUGUAUUGGCGUCACAAGGCCAAGGUCAAAAUUUUGAGAGACCACAAGAUCCAUGACUGCUAUUGAAAACAGUUUUAAAUAGUAAAUUGGUUUUUAACUGACUUAAAAAAGAGGUUAUCAAUUCGAGGUGUAUGUCUGUAAUUUCGUUGGAAAUGUGUAGUAUUCAAAUAUGUUGGUCCACAUGGGCUUCUAAGCACAUUAGCGUACGUUUCAUAGAUGUAUAUGUAUGUAUGUAAGUUCGUUCACGGAUAUCUCGGAAACUAGACGCCAUAUUGCAAUUAUUCUUUUUUGUUUAGUUGCUUAGCUUUCAAAUUAUGGAACAUUACAAUUGUCAUCAAAAUCGGUGCAGUAGUUUUGAAGAUAUAAAUAAUUGAUUAUAUUAAACUUUUUAACCCUCUACAAAAAGGAGGUUAAUUUGAGGCGUAUGUAUAAAUGUAAUUUCGUUGGAUUGGCGUAAUAUUCAUAAAUGUUGAUCUGUAUGACUUCUAAACAUGUGUGCUAAAUUUCAUAGAUGUAGAUAUGUAUGUUUGUCCAUGGAUAUCUCACAAAUUGCAUGGACUGCAAUGAUUCUUUUUUGUUUAAUUGCUUUGAUUUCACCUUUAGAAACAACGAGUACAUGACGCACCUUCGUUUCGCAGAUGAUAUCGUAGUCAUGGCUGAGACCAUGGAAGAUCUAAGCACAAUGCUCGAAGAUCUCUGUAGUUUCCCAAUAAAUGGGUCUUAAAAUGAACAUGGAGAAGACGAAAAUAAUGUCAAACUCCAAUGUCGUACCCACUCCAGUGAAUAUUGGAGGCUCUACACUGGAAGCUGUCGACGAGUACGUUUACCUGGGACAAAUAAGGUACCUGGGUCGAAUAUGGUCACCUUAAGGUGUAACUUCCUACAUCUUUUUUGUUUUGAUGAUUAGGAAUAGCUUUAAUCAAUUUUCUGUCAUGUAUAUUAACUAUUUAUCAUAUGGCUAUAAGAAAUACUCCAAGGUAUGAAUGAUAUUGCGGCCAAACAAGUUUUAAAAAAAAAUGGCGAAUUGACCAUAUUUCCGACCAUGUUGGUUAAUAUGCCCUUACUAUGGGCAUAUUAACUGUAUUAGUUAUUAUAAAUGGUAAAGAUAAUUUAACAAAAAGAAAACAAAAAACUUUGGAUUUAUUCUUCUGAGAUCUAGGAAUUAA